AUGUCCACCUCCCACUCGAGGGAGGAGGUAUGGAACGCGUACUACGUCUUCUCUCUUCUCCCUCAUGACCCCAAGAUACCCGAGGCACUGUCCUCGAUCCCGGUCCCCCACCUACGCCGCAUCUGCCGCCUCCUCGCGUCCGGGCCCGAGCCCCGUACCCGCAUCCAGUUCCUACGCCUCCUCUCCGUGUCGUCUGCGCUCCACCGCGAGGGCGGGCAGGUGAGGUUGUGGCAGUGGAAUGCGCUAAUCAACCUCGCGGGCCAGGGGUGGCGCAGGACGCGCCUGGAGAACUUCACGACGGCCAUAGGCCUAUACGGGGACAUGGUUCACGGGAAGGCGCCGGGGACGAUGUUCUUCUCGGUGGACAACGAUGCGCUCGAAGCGAGAGAGGAAGAGGGGGCGCGCGAGGACCGCACGGGGCCGCGCGCGAGACGCAUCAAGCCGGACAUCGUCACGCACUCGAUGCUGCUCGACAUCGCCGCACGCACGGGCUCGCAGCAGUUCAUGGCGCAGGCGGCGGGGAUGCUAGAGCAGUCGGGCCUGCGCCCGAACGUCGUCUCGCACACGUCGAUGCUCGGAUACUUCACGCGCAAGCGCGACCUCGCGGGCGUGCGCGCGACGCUACUAAAGAUGCGGCAGCAGGGCAUCGAGCUCAACGUGGUCGCGCUCAACGCGUGCAUAUGGGCGUAUGCGUACAACGGGCGGAUGGACAUCGCGGAGGGCAUCUAUCGCGUGAUGAGGCACCGCGUCUACGGGGAGGAGAGGGAGGAGAGCCUCGACGCGGUGAUCGAGUACCUCGAGCAGCGCGAGUCGAUCGUCAUCUCGAGUAGGAUCGUGCCCGACAAAAUUACCUACCACACGCUCAUGCAGGGGUACGCGUACCACGGCGACCUCGUGCGCUGUCUGCGCGUCUUCUCUGAGAUGCUGAGCACACCCAACCUCGAGGCGGCCGCGAACAGGUACGGGCGGCGGCCACGCGAGCCGUAUACCGCGACGGUCUCCGCGUUCCGGUCCAUCUUCCUGGGGUUCUCCCGCCACGCGCGGUCGCCCCUGCCCACCACGCCCGUUUCCCCGCAGCUGGCGAGGCUACCCAGAUAUCAGGUCUAUCCGACGCUGGACCCGGGCGCGUGGUCUCUGGAGAACUUCGACCAGCUGUUCGACAGCUUCCUCGAACUCCCGGAGAGCGUGCGGGUGCAGGAGCACUUGAUGUGGUGGGUCGUCAUGGGAUGUGGCAGGGUCAGCGGGAACGACGCGGCGAAGAUGGUGUCCGUGAUCGAGAGGAUGGAGCGGAGGUACGGGAAGGUACGCGGCACGCGCCUGACGGAGUUGUGCGCGGAUAUCUAUAGGGCGGGUUGCGGCGACGGCGACGGCGGCGAUACACUUAAUAAUACAUCAGACGGUGCAAAAUGA